AUGAAUUUCAACGUCUGGAAUAUCAAGGAGAUGUUGAGCACACCAACACCCACAGGGCCUAACAAGUUUUCCAGCCAGAGCAGUGCUCCCAGUGACUACUCAAGUUUGAGCGAUUCUCAGCUGCUCUUUGGCUCCCAGUUCUGCCCAGAGAAUGUGCAGUCAGCAGCAGCGCCGCUGGAGCAGGGCAUGCAGCUGGCACAGCAUAGCUCCAAGGAUAGCAAGCCCAGUAUUUUUAGCAAAUACCAGGCAAAACCACAGUUAUUUGAUGAAGAUGCAAAAGAAAAAGGUUUGGUUAGCACCUUUGGCUCAGGAAGACUGAAGAAUGUUUUGGAAAAUUUUGAAGUGAAUAAGAACAAAAUAAAGGACAAAUACGAUCGUGAGGUUUUGAGCACCUCUAUUUCCAGUAUCAAAGACAGUCUUCAAGAACUGCAAGCAUGCUUGGACAAGUGUGAAGAAAUGCUUGAUUCAAGAAACAAAUCCAUUUUGGUUCACCUAGAAACCAUUUCCAAGACAAUGCAAGAUGCUUUUCAAAGUCACUGUGACCCGGUGCUGAAAGCCCUCACAGAUAAAAGCCAAAUGGAGCAGGCACUGCUGGAGAUGGAGAGAAGACUCGCAGCCAAAGAUGUGGAGAUUCUGGAAGUGAAAUCCAGUAUCCAACUGCUGAAGGAGGGUCUGGAGUCAUUGCCAGCUCAGCUGAAUAAUCAGCACCUAAAGCUUUGGGAAGAACUAGGCUUCCUGAAGCUCCCCAACACCUUGGUGGAGCUGCACACAUUCGUUUCCAGUGCCAAGCUGCCCCCUCACACAACAGAUAACUCUUGCCAGACCUCCCCUGGCCCCUGCCAGAACUGUGUUCGGGGUGAGGAGAACUCGCACUGGCUGUUCUGCCAAGGCAGGGGGAUUUGCAGCUCCUCGGGUCAGUCUCAGUCCUGCUGCAUGAUCCUGGGGGAACAGCAUGCAGACUUCUCCCUGAGGAAUCAGGUCACUAAGGGUGGCACAUCUACAGGUGUCCUAAACACAGCUUCAGGAGCAUGUGGCAGAGAAAACACCUAUUUGCAGGUGAAGUAUGGUUUGGAAACACAGAGCUGUGCUAGCCACCCUUGCUUGUGCUGCACUAACAGUCAAUUUUUGGGGGGUAUUCAGAAGAAAAACGGUUCUAUACCUCAGAAGAUGCCUCCAUCAACUCCAGUGCCUCUACCAACUCCAAUGAGGAAGGCAUUCAGGAGAGGCACUCAAGGACUUCAGCAUGUGACACCAUUACAACAGGGGCAACCUCAAAUUUGCCACCUUCCUGUACAGAAAGAUACAUCUGGCCAAAGAGACUGGGUCACAGACAGUGAGACAGAGAGUGCAGCUGUAGAGGACAAAGCAAAACAGAGGCCAGGAAGGAUCCCCUGGAAUAAAACAGUGGGAAGGAAGAAAACUGCUAGGAGGGAAGGUGAGCUCUCUAGUUGUGCUGACAGUGGACUAAAGCAAAGGAAGGCAAAUGGGAUUAUGGAGUCAGAAAGCUCCAGAAAAAAUUACUUUUCCAGAUACAUGGUUGCCCUUGAUUUAGGAAGCUCUGACCCGCUUUAUGCAGCUCCCAAUAGGCAGAUCCUCAGCAGCGCUCAGCAGAAGCUUAUAAAGAAUUUCCCACUGUGCUCCAAUAAAAGCUUGCGACAACUUGCAGACAAAAAAAAGAGAAGUUUGGAAAUGAAGAAAAGAGCCAAUGUGUCCAGUGUAAAAAGGAAUGUCUGGGAUUCCUCUCCUCAGGAGAAUAUAUUUCCCCUGUGUAGCACCACAGGUGAAAAGCAGAUGAGCUGCUUCACUCUGUGCAGCCCUGCAGCUUCCAACAAACCAAGCCCUGUCACCACGCUGGCUCAGCAGCACACAGCCUGCUGCUCUUUAGUUCUGGAUAGUGAUUACUCUGAUUGA